CAAAAUAAGCAGAAGCAGAAUGAAACUGUACCUAGAAACUCAUCGUCUCUUCCAUUUCCAAAACGCUCUUUCCCUUCUCUUAAACUCUUUGAAAUUCCCAUCCCAGAACCUGAAAUUCCGCUCUAUUUCUUCUCGAACAAUCAAUUUUAAUCAAAUUUCAAAACGCCGUUUGAAAUAUUUUUGUUAUUAUAAUUAUAGUUUCGCAAAAACUGAUUUAGGAACGGCAACAAUGUGUACAUCUUCGGUGUGUGAUAAUGUCAAGGACCAAAUCGAUCUGACGGCUAAGGAGAAGCAAAUCUUCGACCGUCUUCUGGAAGUUCUGCGCCACUUCAAUCUCCAAACCCAGCUUCGUGUUGCGGGCGGCUGGGUUCGCGAUAAGCUAGGUACAAAUGCUGAAGUGCGUGAUGGGAGAUUAUACCUUUGUUUGGAAAUUUGCUCCUUAUUUUCUGCUUUUGGGCAAAGAAUGUUAUGAUAUUGACAUUGCACUGGACAACAUGUUAGGAAAGGAGUUCUGUGAAAAAGUAAAUGAGUACUUAUUAUCAACAGGGGAAGAGACACAUGGUAUUGGUGUCAUUCAGAGCAAUCCUGACCAGUCAAAACAUUUGGAAACAGCUAGGAUGCGCCUUUUUGAUGUAUGGAUUGAUUUUGUCAACUUAAGAUCUGAAGACUAUAGUGAGAAUAGCCGGAUUCCAACUAUGAAAUUUGGCACUGCAGAAGAGGAUGCUUAUCGCAGGGAUUUAACCAUCAAUAGUUUGUUCUACAAUAUCAACACAAGUUCUGUUGAAGAUUUAACUGGAAGAGGCAUUAUGGACUUGAAGUUGGGAAAAAUAGUGACCCCAUUGCCUCCAAAGCAGACGUUUUUGGAUGAUCCUCUGCGUGUUCUUCGAGCUAUCCGAUUUGGUGCGAGGUUUGGUUUUAUGCUAGAUGAAGAACUGAAGAUAGCUGCUGCAGAUGAUGAAGUCAAAGCCGCUAUUGCAGAUAAAAUUAGUAGAGAACGUAUUGGUCAUGAAAUUGAUCUCAUGAUAUCUGGCAAUCAUCCUGUGAAAGCAAUGACAUAUAUUUCUGAACUGCAGUUAUUCUGGGCAGUAUUUAGUCUUCCUCCUGAGCCAGAGCCUUCAACUUCAGAAGGAUGUGAAAGGCUUUGUGUUGCUUGCAUGGAUUCCACAUGGAGACUUUUGCAGUUACUUGAGCUCUCCUCAUUCACUGAUGACCAGAGAAGGCUAUGCCUGUAUGCUGCUUUUUUCCUUCCCUUUAGGAAGACUAUUUACACAGACAAGAAAGGGAAAAAGAUCCCAGUUGUGAGUUACAUAUUUCGCAAUUCUCUCAAGCUGAAGGCUAGUGAUGCUGAAACUGUUCUGAGUUUGCAUUUUGCAGCGGAAAAAUUCGUAUCCUUGAUUCCUUUGAUCCUGUCUAAUGAGGAUAUACAAAUUCUCGAAGUUGACUGGAAAAGAGAAAUUAUUGAUGUUCCUGAUGCUUCAAAACUCAGAAUAUUGGCUGGAUUGCUGCUGCGAGAAAUUAAAGAUUUUUGGCGUGCUGCCCUUGUGCUUUCUAUGCUGUUGCACCCAUCCAUUAUUGGUUGCACUACAAAUUCAUCAAAAGAGGAAUCUGAAUUGGACAAGAAAGGCGAAUUAUUUAAGGGGAUUGAGAAAGCAAUUUUGGAACUAGGUUUAGAGAAAGUAUGGGAAAUGAAACCAUUGGUGAAUGGAAAGGAUAUCAUGAAUGUCUUGGAGAUCAAAUCAGGAGGACCCGUAGUCAAGGAAUGGCAACAAAAACUGCUCGAGUGGCAGCUCGCACAUCCCUCUGGAUCUACAGACGAAUGCGUUGAUUGGUUGAGGCAAACUCAUUCAAAACGUGCGAGGGCAGAGUGAGUUGUCAACAUGUAUACUUCUGAUAUCUGUAAAUUUGCUUUACUUUCAGGGGCGUGAUACUUUUCUUAAGUUCAACCUGCAAGCGUAUUCGUUUUGAGAGUUUUCUCCUCGUCUAUCGAAUUUCCCAAACAAUACUCGGGAACUGCAGAGAUCACUAAUGUACUGGGAGGCACAGAAUUAGAAGUGAAAAUGUAAAAUAUCCCACCCUUGGGAAAAGGGGAUAUAAACUGUUGAGACUGUAAUUAUCUAGGAUGUAUUAUUGAAGAGUUUAUUAUAUCAUAAUACUCAAUUUUGGAACUGCAGACUAUAUUCUUGCUCAUAGUUGAAGAGUGUAAAGGUUGAUUUGAGAACGAUACCAUGGAUACUUUAUUGAA